AUGGCUGCUUUGAAAAAGACUAAAAACUUAAAGAUGCUUAAUAUUCUUGCCAGUCGCUAUUCUCCGCAAGUGAACUCGUCAAGGAAUUUAAAUCUUCAAGAGUAUCAUAGUAAAGACUUGCUUAAGAAACACCAAGUAUCAAUACAAAACUUUCGAUUAAUAGAUUCUAGUUUGGACCCCAAAUUAUUGACAGACUUUAAAGCCGACGAAUAUGUUGUCAAGGCGCAAAUCCUGGCUGGUGGCCGCGGUAAAGGACACUUUGAUAAUGGGUUCAAAGGUGGUGUCCACUUGACCAAAGAUCCACAACAAAUAAUUUCCUUAGCUAAAAACAUGAUUGGCCACAAAUUAAUCACUAAACAAACUCCCAAGGAAGGUAUAUUGGUUGACAAGGUUAUGGUUGCUGAAAGUGUUAAUAUAAAAAGGGAAACUUAUUUGAGUAUAGUUAUGGAGAGAAGUUAUAAUGGGGCAGCACUGGUAGCCUCACCAGCUGGAGGAAUGGAUAUCGAAGCUGUGGCAGAGAAAACACCACAUUUAUUAAAGACUGUUCCAAUAGAUAUUCAUGAAGGUGUAACAGAUGCUAUGGCAAAGGAGCUAGCAGAAUUCUUGGAGUUCAAAGGUGCCAUGAUUAAUAAAUGUGCAGAUGAAAUCAAGAAAUUAUGGCAACUCUUUUUAAAGGUUGAUGCAACGCAAUUAGAGAUUAAUCCUCUAGUGGAAACAGAUGAUGGCCGUGUUGUUGCUGUUGAUGCGAAGAUAAACUUUGAUGACAAUGCCCAAUUUAGGCAACAAGAUAUAUUUGCUCUUGAUGAUGUAUCCGGUGUAGAUCCAAGAGAAAGAGAAGCAGCAUCACUCAACUUGACAUACAUUGAUAUGGAUGGAAGUAUAGGAUGCAUGGUUAACGGAGCCGGUUUGGCCAUGGCUACAAUGGACCUAAUUAUGUUGAGUGGUGGAAGACCAGCAAAUUUCCUUGAUCUCGGUGGUGGAGUGGGCCAGUCUCAAGUGUCGGCUGCUCUAAGAAUAUUAGAGUCUGAUCCAAAAGUAAAAGCGAUAUUUGUUAAUGUUUUUGCUGGUAUUGUAAAUUGUGCAACAGUAGCUAGCGGUAUUGUGGCCGCUUGUAAGGAAAACCCACCAAUACAUCCUCUUGUCAUAAGACUAGAAGGCACCAAUGCUGCCCAGGCCAAGACGAUUUUGGAACAAUCGGGACUUAAGUUUAAUAUUAUCAAUGACGCAGACGAAGCAGCAAAGAUGGCUGUUAAGUUAGCUAAGUAA